AGUGUCCCCCGGAUGGCCGUUACCAUUACAACACAAAUGUGGUGUUCGAUUCCCAGGGAAAGCUGGUGGCCCGCUACCAUAAGCAAAACCUUUUCAUGGGUGAAGAACAAUUUGAUACACCGAAGGAGGUUGAGGUUGUGACUUUUGACACUGCCUUUGGGAAGUUUGGCAUUUUCACGUGUUUUGAUGUGCUCUUCCACGACCCUGCUGUCACGCUGGUGGACAAGUGCCAUGUGGACACCGUCCUCUUCCCCACAGCUUGGAUGAACGUCUUGCCACAUUUGUCAGCCAUUGAGUUCCACUCGGCUUGGGCUCUGGGAAUGGGGGUCAACUUCCUGGCCUCUAAUAUACACAACCCUCAGCAGAGAAUGACAGGAAGUGGAAUCUAUGCACCAGAUUUUCCAAGAACAUUUCAUUACGAUAUGAAGACCAAAGAGGGAAAACUCCUCCUGUCCCAGCUGGAGUCCCACCCCUACCGUCCCAAAGUGAAUUGGACUUCUUAUGCCAGCAGUAUUGACGCCUUCUCAGUGGGAAACCAGGAAUUUAAGGGAACCGUCUUUCAUGAUGAAUACACCUUUGUGGAGCUCAAGGGAAUUGCAGGAAAUUACACAGUCUGCCAGAAAGAUCUCUGCUGUCAUCUAAGCUACCAGAUGUCUGAGCUCAGGUCAGAUGAAGUUUAUGCCUUUGGAGCGUUUGACGACCUUCAUACUGUUGAAGGACGCUAUCAUCUGCAGAUUUGCACCCUGCUGAAGUGUAAAACAAUAGAUGUACAGACCUGUGGUGACUCGGUUGACACGGCUGCUACCAGGUUUGACAUGUUCUCCCUCAGUGGCACUUUUGGAACCCAGUACGUCUUCCCUGAAGUGUUGCUGAGCGAAGUUCAGCUUGCACCCAGAGAAUUUCAGGUGACGAGUGACGGGCGCCUGCUGAGCGUGCAGCCAACGUCGAGACCGGUCCUCACAGUCACGCUGUUUGGGAGGUUGUACCACAAGGAUGGGGCAACAAGUGCUUCAGCCCACAGUACAGCCCACUGGCUAGAAGGAUUGCUAAUAGUGAUAAUACCACUCGUGUAUUCAUUGUGCUGGUGACCCAGCCAGAGAAAGACAACAAAAGCCUUUUAUCAGCAUGGACAGUAGUGCAGCUAUCAACCAUUUCUAGAAACUUUGACAUCAUCUCAAAGGAAACAGGACCCACCCCUCUCCCUGGUGGCAAAUGAUGUGAUAAAUAGGUAUUGUUUGGACAUGUAUUAUAAACAUGCUAACUGGAAAAACUUUGAAUUGAGUUACAAAAUAUUAGUAUCACAAAAGGCUCCCUUAGCAUUUUAUGAUGUUGACGUAAGGCAAUUGAUUGAGGACCAGAUGACUUUUUCUUCCUGCCUAUGAAAAUAUUUUAUCCUACGCUACCAAAGAUAAUUGAAGGUUUGUUUGCUGCGACAAUACAAGUAAAAGCUAAUUGAGAAGCCCUCUGCCAUGUGUACCUAACAGUAGGAAAUUAGUGACUGCUCAUGAAAGCACGAUAGCAGGAAAAUAAAAGCUGGCAGCCUGAAAGUAGCUCUGUAAGUACACACAUGACUUCAUUUUAACAGAUAGGUGGAAAUUAUCUUCCGAUUCUACUGCUAAUACAAAGUACUUUUAGUGAAUAAGAUGAUUGCAAAUACUAUUUUGAAAAUUACAAUCAGUACGUUAUCUGAACCUGCUUAGCAUGUCAUUAAUGAGAUCCUUCUGCCCGCUUGCCUCUAGAUGGGUGUUACCUAGCGUCCUCAUUGUCCCUGGGAUGAGCUAUCUUAGGAAGUGUGCGGAGAAGAAGAUGUUCUGUCUGAAUGGUGGUGAGCGUUUCAUGACGACAGACCUUUCAAACCCCUCGAGACACUGGUGCACGGGAGUUUGUGCAAUGAGUUUAGUGGUGACCACUGCCGAGACUACAUAAUGGCCAGUGACUAAGUCCACCUGCCCACUGCUGGUGUCUGCCUGAGUUGGAGCAUGCUCAGACGGUGCUGCUUGCCUGCUGCGUCUCCUGGCGCUAGGUGUGUUUGCCGAGUGCAAUAUUGGCUGCCUCUGCCUGGUGCAUGAGAACAUUAAAAAAGUAAUUGUAUUACUUGCUAUGUUGGUGACCAGUUGGCUCUAAGAUACCAACCCAUGUGUGAGGCUCCGGAUGUUUCUGAAAUAGAUACUGAAUAAUAUGAUACAGGCUGAUAGUCAAUGUCAAGCAGUGAAGUUAUAAUAAAGGCAUUUAAAAGUCU